AUGAACAAAAUUUUUGGGUAUAUAAAAACAUAUGAGGAGGCUUGUUUAGUAGUGCAUGCCGUGAGAUUAGGAUACUUCAGUACGAUAGAAGGAAGGUUAGCUCCCGAGGAGCGAGAAAAAAUCAGGUCGGGAGACAUAUUCUGCUUUGUGGAGUCACCAAACGGCAUCAAAAGAUGGACAGACGGAAAGACAUGGUCUCCAUCUAAGAUCCAUGGGCAGUUUCUUUUGUAUCAGGAGGUUCCCAAGCAUAUGAACAAAAGUGCAAUUGGGAAAAGAAACCGCCAAAAGUCCCUUCUAGGGAUAAGUAAGAGAGGAAGAACACGGGAAAAGAUCAUCAACUGGGACGACAAACUUUCUCUUAACAAGAAAACGAUUUCAAUCUGCCUGCAGAAUAAAACCUACCAUGUGAUAGCAUACUUCAGACCGAUGUUCUUUAGGAUGUCUCUGAUAAAAGUCCCUCUUUUCAGCCAUAUGGAUAUGGCACUGAAGAUAUACCCAGAAUUGCUCUCCGACGAGUUUCUUAGGACUAUGACUACCAAAAAAGACCUUUAUUCGAAAUUCAAGCUACCAUUUCCUUCCAAACAGAUGAUAUUUCCAGAAGUCAAGAGACAUUCCUUAGAAGAAAUAGCAAGUAGUGUAUUAACGGAAUGGAUGCAAGAGAAGAUCAAAAGCAGCGAUGUAGAGAAGAAAUAUAUUUACUUGUGCAAUAGUAAUAAAUGA